GUUUCUUCAAAGUUAUCGAUAAGUUACUAAAUAUAAUCAAAUCAAAUUUCUCACAAGCGGGAUUUUUGGUAUUAAGAGUUGAGGGCGCCUAUUCUGAUCCUGAUGAGCCGUCCUGAUCCGGGUUAUGGGCCUUGUUCUAGCGCUGCAGCAUAGCUAUUCAAACCAAAAGGAUGGGGUUUGUCUUGAGACUCCUCAGCUCUCGUCGGAAUUUGUUGACUUACAUCACUUACCAGCUGAGCUUGCUCUCAAUAUAUUGUCGAGGCUCAAUGCCACUGAUCUAUAUCUAGCAUCUUGUGUUUGGUAUGAUCUUGCUUACGAUGAGGUGUUGUGGAAGAGUUUGUGCAAAGCUUCGUGGCCAUUUUGCUCGGCGUACAAGAAUGGCGUACUUCAAUCUGAGCCGUCAUUCCGUCGAUUGUACCUUAAGCUAGAUGAAGCGCGUUUGACAUUUAACGCAGACGCCUUUGAAGGUAUGGGGUACAUCUUCAGACAUCGUCUUGUUGACGAUAAUACCGAUGAUCUUGUUAACUUUUUCCACUAUGCUUCCGGAUUAGAUCCAUUCCAGAAGCGUCGAUAUCUGGAAACGAGGCCCCAGGUUCUACGCGGACUGGUGAAUUUAAAAGAUUUCCGGAACUAUUCAUUACCAAAUGCGUUAAGAGGUCUUUUUACUGAACUGCCAGUACAAUCAUCAGAACCUAGCGCGUCAGCUUUCAUUCACCUGUUGGUCAGUCUGUUUUCCGAAAGAUUUACUCAAUGCAAUCCAGAUCUUGGGAUCACACGUGAAAGUACCGUAAUUAUACUGCAGUUCAGGAUCAAUUAUUCUUUCAUCGUCACCCAGAUGUAUUGUAACCAAGGUAGUGUUAUAAAGUCAGUAACUUAAUCCGAUUCAUAAAUCAAGAUUAAUUGAGGUACUUCUUAUGUGUUUAAGAUUUAGAGUAGAAACUUAAUUGUUUAGUGUAGGAGGGAAUACACUUUGGUAAUACCACUGCAGUGUGAAUUUUUGUCCGUGAUUAAUAUAAGUUGGGAAACAUUUGUUGGCUGCCGUCGCCUUUAUGUUUUUGUGUGGAAAGAUUGUUCCAUUUUACUUGGUAAUGUUUUACAAAUGGUUCCUUUGCAACCACGUUAAUAGUGCUUGUAACUAAGACUAAGUGGUGUGACAACUUUAAACAAUGCACAUUCAUUAUUGGACUUGUGUUAAUCCUUUAUGUAUUGAGGUUGCCCUCGUGACUCUAAACUAAAAGGCUAUUCAGGAUCCAGUAUUUCUAUCAAAAUAUUGCGUUUUCAAAAUUAUGUUAAUAUUGAUACGUACAUUCUCCUAAGAUACUUCGCACUUAUAUUGUUCCUUAGCAAAUAUAGUUUCAGCUCAGAAUAACCAUUAACAGAUUGUGAAUCUUAGCAAUGGCUCUUUAGUUAGUGAACUUAAUUUUCAAUCAAUAGAUUGUAUGCUCGAAUCCUUCCGUAUCUAAUUCGGUUUAGGGAACCAAAUAUUAUAGCUGGCUCUCAUAAAGUCUUGCUCAGAGCGGAUUACAUAAGCCUAUAUUUAGCAAAUGAGUUAGACUAAUUAAAUAGGACCACAUAGCAAUACUUUUGUGUAGUUUUAUUAAAAUGUUAGUAAGUUGCGUAACGUAAAUAAAUGUAAUCACUCCUGUUCACGUCAUGGUUAAUAUUUACGGCGCUUUUCUACCUCAAAUUUAUUAAUGAUACAUCUAGCAACUUGAAGGUAGUCGUAACUAGAUCUGUAACUGUUAACAUUAUGGAGCAAAUAUUAUUUUAUGAAAAUACUUCUGAGGUUAUUUAAUAAAUCACAAAUGGUUUGAUCAU